AGCGGGCGCGGCCGGCGGGAGCGCGGAGCCCCGGCGCGCCCCCUCCCCUCCCUGCCUCCCGUCAGAGCCCCGCCGCCCGCUCGGAGCGGAGAGCGCCACAGCCGGGAGCGGCAAGGAGUUCUUCCUCCUCCUUCUCCUCCUCCUCCUCGCCCUCCUCCUCCUCCUCCUCCGCCCCCGCCUCCGCCUCCGCCUCCCGGCCGGGAAGAGCUCGCCGUGCCCGCAGCCCCGCUGGAUGCGCUGAGCCGCGGGGAGAGGGGCAGGAGGCAGCCGCCAGCCCCGCCGCCGUCGCGCUGCGGUGCCCGGAGCCCGAUCGACGCUUCCCUUCAAUCCCUCCCCGCCGCACGACCGCGGUGUGUGCGCGCCCCCGGCCUCCUCUCUGCAGCCCAGGCGGCGGCAGCGGCGGCGGGGGCUGCUUUUUUUUUUUAUCCUCCCCCCCACCUUUUUUUUUUUUUUUUUUAAUCUUUACGGGGCCGCCAUGGGAUGUACCCUGAGCGCCGAGGAGAGGGCCGCCCUGGAGCGGAGCAAGGCCAUCGAGAAGAACCUCAAGGAGGACGGGAUCAGCGCCGCCAAAGACGUGAAACUCCUUCUGCUCGGGGCCGGGGAGUCGGGGAAGAGCACGAUCGUGAAGCAGAUGAAGAUCAUCCACGAGGAUGGCUUCUCUGGAGAAGACGUGAAGCAGUACAAGCCAGUGGUCUACAGCAACACUAUACAGUCACUGGCAGCUAUUGUACGUGCCAUGGAUACCUUGGGCAUCGAGUAUGGAGAUAAGGAACGACGGGCUGAUGCCAAGAUGGUCUGCGACGUCGUAAGUCGGAUGGAGGACACAGAGCCCUUCUCUCCAGAGCUGCUGUCAGCUAUGAUGAGACUCUGGGCGGACUCCGGGAUCCAGGAAUGCUUCAACAGGUCCCGGGAAUAUCAACUUAAUGACUCGGCCCAAUACUACCUAGACAGCUUAGAUCGAAUCGGAGCUGCAGACUACCAGCCCACGGAGCAGGAUAUCCUUCGAACCAGGGUCAAAACAACUGGCAUCGUAGAAACCCACUUCACAUUCAAAAACCUCCACUUCAGGCUCUUUGAUGUCGGAGGCCAGAGGUCAGAACGCAAGAAGUGGAUCCACUGCUUUGAGGAUGUCACAGCGAUCAUUUUCUGCGUCGCGCUGAGCGGCUACGACCAGGUGCUCCAUGAAGACGAAACCACGAACCGCAUGCACGAAUCACUGAAGCUGUUUGACAGCAUCUGCAACAACAAGUGGUUCACAGAUACAUCUAUCAUCCUCUUUCUAAACAAGAAGGACAUAUUUGAGGAGAAAAUUAAGAAAUCUCCACUGACUAUCUGCUUUCCUGAGUACACAGGCCCCAACUCUUUCACUGAGGCAGUGGCUUACAUCCAGGCUCAGUACGAGAGCAAGAACAAGUCCCCCAACAAGGAGAUCUACACGCACAUCACCUGCGCCACCGACACCAACAACAUCCAGUUCGUCUUUGACGCCGUCACGGAUGUCAUCAUCGCCAACAACCUACGGGGAUGCGGACUCUACUAAAGCCCUCUCCUUCCCUCCUCUCCUUGCAGCCGCCAGGAGCGCCCGCAGUCCCGCGGACAGGUCCUCUCUCUUUCUUCUUCUCCUCCUCGGAAAGCAAUGAGGAAGGAGUACGUAAACCCCUCCUUCUGCCCCAGGAAACUCCGCAGCAAGUUCUGCCUUCCCCCAGCCCCGUUUGAUUUUGUUUUGGUUUAUUUUGGGUGAAUUCCCCUCGCUGCCUCUUUCUACUCUUCCGUUCCAAUUCACAGUGCUGUAGAGGGAGCUAAUACAUUUCCCACAAAGUGCAUUUCAACUGCCAAAAACCAGAAAUACUCCAUUUACAAAAAAAGAAAAACUCAAAGCCUUAAAAUGUUUGUCAGCAACAGCACAGUUUGGAACCAAAAUCUCUUUUUUUUCCUUGAAAUUAAGGGAUAUUUGUAAUUCUCCUUAUGUAUCUUUUUUCACAAUUACUAUUUGUUUGAGAAGCACUAGACACGUGAUCAUUUUGAAGGUACCCUGUGGCUCCAAUUCCCACCCCAAAGCCAGAGGGGCCAGUGCUGAACACAGCCCCAGCAGCCUGGCUUUGUAUAUUCUCCCUUUUUUCAGCCAGCUCUUUGAACAAGUGAAACAACCAUACCAAGUUUUGCUGGUGUCUAAGACGGACGCAGUAACAAAACCUACUAAGCAUUGCCUAAAAACAUUCAUUACCGAUAACAGUUUUACCUCCAGUUUCCCAAAAUUAACGUUAAAAUCUGCCUAGUGUUUUCAGUAACCCGGAUCUUACUCCUGUCCGGCUGAGCUGCUGCACGGAGCGGGCUGGGCUGUAACGAGGAUGGUGAUCUUGAAGGUCUCUUCCAACCUAGAUGAUUCUGUGAGGAUGCCCAUGGCCAGCAGGUGACGGGGAUUUCCCUGUGUGCCAUGCAAUUGAGGCAGGAUGUGUCCCAUUCGGGGCUGUGUGCGCACCACAGUUGGCACCAGGGAUGCUCAUGGCAAAGCACAGCCCUCGCCAUCCCCACAAAGCCAGGGUUUGACCUUCACGUACCUAAAAUGUAGAGGGGUGAUUUUGGAAACCUUACCAGGCUUGGGUGAUGGUGGGGUGCGAGGGAUCCCUUCGGCUCAUGCCAACUCCUCGCCCAUGUAAAUGCCCCUAAGUCACCCACCGGAGCCUCCUGGCUGAGCAGAAGCAGGUGGCUUGUGUCACCUCCUCCCUGAGCACCCAGGAGAGGUGGCUCCAGGUUUAGUGCCUCCACCAGGUCACCUCUUUACCCAUAUCCAAAGCGCGAGGGAUGGUUUAUUAACGGGGAGGGAAGGCUCAGGGAGCAGAUUUGUGCCAAGUGAUGGAGUAGGAAGGACAAGUGCAAGGGAGAGAGGAAAGGAGGGAAGGAAAGGCAGGGGGGAAGGUGUGGAAAGGACAAGAGCAGCACCCAGCAUGACAGAAGGUGUAGGCACAGAGAGAAGGAUGAGCAAGGCUGGGCUGGGGCACGUGUGGCCCGCCAUCGCCACAAGCUCCAAGUGCUGCUGGAUGGGGUGAAGUUGGAGGGGGAGCCUGAGAGGUCAGGUGUGACCUCUGGGAACACAGAGGGACCCUUAAUAGUCCACCCCAAAAGUGAGACAGCCACCUCCUAGCUCCUUCCCUGCCUCUCGUGAAAGUCCAUGAGCGUGAGUCUUUCCAGGACAGCCGCGAGUCCAGCUGCCCUCUCCUCAGAGUCCCCACCAGGGCUUGCUUUCUGCUCUUGAGAGGUCUGGGACUCCUCCAGUGCCACGUCUGAGCAGGAGAAUAGCUGUUUUCUUGCUGUGCCCACCCAGGAGAGGUGACGUGAGAGCAGGCCAAAGCAGCACAGCCCAAAGGCAAGGGGCCAGGUGAGCGGGGGUGCGGGAGGCAGGGUGAAGAGCAGGUGGGAAGGGACAGAGGGGACCGGAGCCGGGGGUCUGGGGGGCUCGGUUUGGGGCAGAAGUUGCAGAAGGGAGAUGAGGCAGGUUGAGGCAGCAGGGGGGAAGGGAAGACGGGAAGAGAAGCGUUCCCGGGAGGCUGGAGGGGUUUCACCAUCUGAGGUUGUGCUCUGCCAGGGAUGGUGCUGGUGAGGUGUCUGACAGAACCCCAGGAUGCAGGGCAGGAGGAAAGAAAGGUGGCUCUCACCCACCUAACUCCAUCGCGUGGCUUAUAGCUGUGUCAGCAAUGCCUUAAUUAGCAUGUAAUUAUAAAACUGUUUAAUAUUGCACAGGGAGGGCUCGCUGGUCCUCUUCUGGACACUCCCAGCCAUAACACCAGGUCCCUGCUCUGGCACAAGCCACCUUUCUCUUCGCCAUCUCAGCCUUAAAAUUCUGCUGGCAGAGUCAGCCCCCAGCCCCUCCACAUAGUGCCAACACGCUGCUACACAGCCAUCAGCCAAAGGACCCCUGAACACGAGGCACGUGCAUGUAGCUGUCUUUGUUUUAGCUCAGGAGUUUCAGAGUCAGGAGGAAGGAUUCUCGAAGAAAGGGUUUUCAACAUGUGCCCAGUUCUCUUUGGUUCCCUAGGAGGUACCAGCUGCCUGCCCCAACCUUGGAAAGAUUUCUAGGCAUGCUGAGCUCUCAUCCCGAGAGACUAAAGCCAAGGGAAUGACAGUAAAAUGCCAUGAGCCUGCUUGUUCUUGCAGCAAGAAGAGUUGAGUGCAUAAACAAGCACUGAAUAUGAAAGAGAAAUACGCAGGACUCGGGUCUCCCCCUGCAAACUUCUCCUCCGCCCAAUGCACAGCCCUCUUCUUGCACGGUAGGCUGAGGUUAUCAAAUUAACUCAGCUCCUUACUUUGCUUUUCAAGGCAGUGCACAACAGCAGUGGGAUGGUGCUCCUGCCAUGGAAGGAGGCAGGAAAUUAGCUGGAGGGACCCAGGUCAACAGGGAUGCUCCUGGAGUUUGCUCGGGCGAUGUACACGUGCACCGAGCAUCAAGAUAAGGGCUAGAAAGCUGAACAUUAGUUACAUUUGACACCUAAAGCAUAUGUUAUUGCCAGACCCAUGGUGAAACUGUGUACAGCAGUGCACUGGUGCCUACACGGGCAGCAAAGCAGCGCUUUAUGAAGUUUCAUCAGAAUAAUUUGAUCAGCAGCUCUAGGAGCUGGGAGGCUUUCUAUUUCCACCCCUCGCUGUGCGUGACAUUUCCUCCGAUUCAGCAAGUAACAGAAGCUGUCCCCAGCGAAGGCAGCACCAAGCCAAAGCUUCAGGAGUUUCCAGCAUAAAGCGUGCAGGAAUAUUUUGGGGAAGAAAAUCUGAAUUAACCCCCAACUCUGCUAAAUGCAGCUGUGCCACCGGUCCUGAUGGGUGCUCUCACACCCUGCUCUGGGCUGGAUUUGGGCAGCCCAAAAGGGGACCAGGAGGUGCAAACCCACCCAGCCCCGGCAGCAUCCCCAGGCAGUUGGUUAUCAUCCCCAGCUGACACUCCGCAGGGACGCAGGGGAGAAAAAGAGGAGGAAAUGUUGACACACUGAGCCUUUUCUUUCAUUUUCUUUGGCAUAUUGUACAUCUAAAGCUUCAUUUCAGCUGCUGCUGCUGACAUUCCCUCCCUCACAGAAGUGUCGUGAGGAUUAACUGACAAAGGCUUAAAACGGUGUUUGAAAGAUGAAAUGCUUUCAGCGUUAAACACUACUAUUUUUCCCACUUGAUGGCCUUGUAUUGUUUUGGUUUUUUUUUUUUUUG